CCGGAAACACGUGUAUAGUGGUCGCACGGUGACUUGUCUUCUGACGGAACCGCUUCUGCCUUCUUCGGGGUGACAGAAGCGAUGAAGAACCAGAGACAACAACAAUUAGAAUCCGCCCAGGCCCAGGACGAGACUCGCUGAGGCCGCCGGUUCGGCUCAGCUGACCGCGGUUCGCCUGGUAGACGUCAUGCGGGAGAGAGCUAGCUGCUAGCCGAGGAGCUAGGCGCGAUGAGCGCAGAUGGAAGCGGCGCGAUUAGCCGCCGCAUCAAGAACCUGCUGCGCUCACCGUCAAUCAAAUUGAGGGGGCGGGGUCGAGUCGCGCGCCGCCAGGUCGACGCGGAGGUGACCUUGGAAAAGGUUCUAGGCAUCACGGCACCUGGUAACCGAGGGCUGUCAUGUGACCCUCGAACCGGACUAUUGGCGUAUCCUGCUGGGUGUGUCGUGGUCCUGCUGCAUCCUCGCAAGAACAAACAACGUCACAUUUUCAACACAUGGAGGAAGACCAUCACCACAUUAGCGUUCUCCCCCGAUGGCAAGCAUAUGGUCACAGGCGAGAGCGGCCACAUGCCGGCGGUGCGCGUGUGGGAGGUGGCGACCGGCGCCCAGGUGGCAAAGCUUCAGGAACACAAAUACGGUGUCGCGUGCGUGACGUUCUCGCCGAACAGCAAAUACAUCAUCAGCGUGGGCUACCAACACGACAUGAUGGUCCACGUGUGGAACUGGAAGAAAGACGUGGUGGUGGCCGCCAACAAGGUGUCCAGUAAGGUGACAGCCGUGUCCUUCUCACAUGACAGCUCGUACUUUGUGACGGCCGGAAACCGUCACGUCAAGUUCUGGUAUCUGGACCACAGUAAGACGUCCAAGGUGAACGCCACGGUGCCUCUGCUGGGCCGUUCAGGGCUGCUGGGAGAACUCAAGAACAACUUUUUCUGUGACGUGGGCUGUGGGCGGGGCCCGCACGCGUCCUCCACCUUCUGCAUCACCACCUCUGGCCUGCUGGUGCAAUUCAACGACCGCCGUCUGCUAGACAAGUGGGUGGAGCUCCAGGCGUCACAGGCCACGUGUUUGUGCGUCACAGACGAGCUCAUCUUCUGCGGCUGCUCCGAUGGCGCGGUGCGAGCCUUCAGUCCGCUGACGUUACACUUCAUCUGCACUUUGCCCCGCCCACACUUCCUGGGCGCCGACGUAGCUGCAAUGACGGAUGGCAGUCAGCUGUUCUCCUGUAGGCUGGAUGCACGCUACCCUGACACGGUGGCCGUGACCUACGACCCCGCCAACCGCUGGCUGUCGUGCAUCUACAACGACCACAGCAUCUACGUGUGGGACGUGUGCGAUCUCCGCGACCCCCGGCGGGUCGGCAAACUCUACUCGGCACUCUACCACGCCUCGUGUGUGUGGAGCCUAGAGGUGUUUCCUCAAGAGGGCGGGGUCGGGGGAAAAGAGGAAGGCAAGAUGUCUCUCCCUCUAGGCUGCUUCCUGUCCUGCUCGUCUGACAACACAAUACGCGUGUGGAAUGUGGAUGGACGCCAUCUUCUGCACGCCAACAUCUUGAGCCAUGAUCUGCACAAGAUCAUUUACGUGGAUGACAACCUGGCGAGCCUGCUGGACACGGACAGCGUCUCGGUCGUGGCGCCAGCGACCUCGGAGGGCUCACACUGCGACCAGACUCGGAGCGGCAUUAGGACCUUGAGAGUCAGUCCUGAUGGACAGCACCUGGCCUCGGGAGACCGCUCGGGGGUCCUCAGGGUCCAUGAUGUGGACACCAUGGAGGAGAUCAUCAACGUUCAGGCUCACGACUCCGAGAUUCUUUGUCUGGACUUUUCAAACGUUGGCACAGGUGUGCACUUUCUGGCCACGGCCAGUCGAGAUCGCCUCAUCCACGUGCUGGACGCCGCGGCCGACUACCGUCUGGUGCAAACGCUGGACGAACACUCGUCAUCCAUCACCGCCGUCAGAUUCACUGCCAAUGAGGAUAAAGUCAGGCUGAUCAGCUGCGGCGCCGACAAAAGUAUUUAUUUCCGCACCGGCCAGCAGACGGACAACGGACUGGAGUUUAUUCGAACGCAUCACGUGGCCAGAAAGACCACGCUGUAUGACAUGGACGUGGAGCCAACCAGGAAGUAUGCCGCCAUUGGCUGUCAGGACCGGAGUAUAAGGAUCUUUAACGUCAAUAACAGCAAGCAGAAGAAAAUCUACAAAGGAUCUCAAGGAGAAGAUGGAACACUCAUCAAGGUGCAGAUUGACCCGUCAGGUCUCUACAUCGCAACUUCCUGUUCAGACAAGAGCAUCAACAUCUUUGACUUCUACUCCGGCGAGUGUGUGGCUGCCAUGUUUGGACACUCGGAGGUGGUGACAGGCUUGAAGUUCACCAGCGACUGCUCACGCCUCAUCAGCGUGUCAGGCGACAGUUGUAUCUUCGUGUGGCGUCUGAGCCCAGAGAUGACGCUCAAGAUGCGACAGCGGCUAGCCGACCUCAGACCUUCCACCACAGGUCACGUGUCCCACAAUGCACCUCAGCAGCGAGCGGAAAAGCUCAGGGAGACGGAGUGUCCUCGCGCGGUGGCCAUGUCUUCGGACAGCGACGAGGAGGAAGAGGGGGUGCAGCCGGGCCGUCUCAGUAAGGUGGAGGAGGAGGAAGCAGCUGACAUGUCACAUGACAGGAACACAAGCUACAACACGCUUCCUUCAGACGGACGUCUCCCUCGCCGGCGCUGGUCCAGGAAGUCUGGCGGUGCCGGCGAUGUUCUGGCAAUGAAUUCUAUGUUGGACCUGAGACAGCUGGAAACGGGGGCGGAGACACUCACCAAUGAUGGGAGCCCGAGGGGAGUCUGGGCCGCAGAGGCGGGGCUUCAGAGAGCCAAUCAGCAGCGAGGAAGUAGCAUCAGUUUACAGGUGGAGCAUUUGGGGUCACAGACCAAUCAAAGACCCGACUUCAUGUCGCCGUCCAAUCAGAGCCCAGAGAAGGAAGAGCAGGUGUUGUUUCCUGACCAAUGGGAGGACCGAGUGAGCCUGAGCAGCGACUUCGAGGUGAAGGAGACGGCUUCUGCAGCUGCGGCCGGACAGCAGGACAAACCGAGUCCGGACAGCGGCUGCUCGCUCAGAUUCAAUUCCAGAACCUCAAGUCCAGACCCGGGAGCAGACAACUCGGACCACACGGAACACCUCAGUGAGAAUGGAGACUCGCUGGACGAGGAAGAGGACGCUGGGCCUGUUCCUCAGACUCCGGACCAGGAAGCCUUCCUGAAGAAACACUUUGUCACGCUGGCUGACAUUGCAGAGGGACCAAGCAGAACCUCACACAGCUCCAGUGAGAGCCUCAGCAUCUCUUCCAGGUUCCUCUCGCAGAACUCCGCUGCAAGUCGGGCCGUACCUUGGUCUCAGCCCAGAUCAGAAACCCGGGAUGUUAAGGCCUGCCCUCUGGUCUCUGAGGUUCAUCCUUUGAGGGACCAGAACCAGGACCAAAAAGAAAGUUUUUUGGAGGAUGCGGUGCAGAACCUCCAUCCCUCCCCAGGGAAGAAGGAGGCGGAGUGCAAGAGGAAUGUGGUCUUCCAGCCCGACACCUCGUCCAGACUGCAGAAGUCCCAGUCUGUCCAGAGCCUGCUGAGCGACCCAGGCCGCGUCUCACCUUUGACCUCUCCUUCAACUGGAGGAGUGACGCCUCAACGUCCCACAAGCCUCCCAUCUGGCCCCCGCCGCCCCAUCGCUGCAGCCCCGCCCCCCCAGAGGUCUAGUCCUGCGUCCCCCAGAGUUUCAGACCAGGAAAAUGUUGCCAUGACAACGCCCAGGAAGUCCUCCUCCCCAUCCGUAGGGGCGGGGCGUUCCUACAUGAGCCCCACAACCAGCUCCAUGGCCAAAAUGUCCCGCUCCGUCUCAUUGGGCGAAGCUCUCAAUGAAGCCUCCCUGGAUUCCUCGGCGGGGGCGGGCUUUUCCUGUCUGGUUGCCUCCGACACACCCCCAGCCACGCCCCCGCAAGCUGCCAUCGCCCCAGUCGUUGUCGGCUCUUCUUUUUCCUCUUUGAGUUGCCGUGGUAACCAGGCUGCCACCCACCCCCGCUUUCUCCACACCCGUUUGCCGGGAGCGCCGCUUCCUGACAAACCCACCAUCACAUCCUUCUCGCCGUUUGCAAAGCCCGCCCCCUCUGGCCGCCCUCCCGUCUCUACCCCCCCCCUUACUCCGCCCCUGCUGGGGGAGGCGCCUCAGGCUGGCGGCGGCGGCGGCGUGGAGCCGAAGGACGACGCAGACCAGCCAAUGAGUGUGGAGGCGUGCCGAGCGCUGACCAAUGAGAUGCUGAGCUGCUUCAAGCGAGCCGCACACCUCUACAGGAAGGUGAGCUCUUCUCGUUCGGAAGACGCCACCCCUGAGCGGGGUCACAUGGUCCAGCUCCUAUCAGAAGCCUUCCAGGACAUGAGGGCGGAGCUUCAGUCCCUGCCGCUGGGGGCAGCCGGCGGCGGGCGGCUUUUGGAGGUGGUGGGCCAGGAAAGGACGACGGCGCUUCUGGAGGAGUAUUCCCAUCUGCUGCUGCAGGCCGUCCACAGGAAGCUCCGCCCCCUGGACGACGCCUAGAUCCAACUCUGGACUUGAAAUGAAAACUUCACUUCCUGAUGGCGGCCAACUUCCUGUUGGAGAUGACUAUGAAGAAGGAAUCAUACACAGUGAUGGCAAUUUGAACAGACUUUAGUGUAACCAUGGAAACGCCGUGGCCUGACAGAUCGACCUUUGAUGUCACAUGUUAAAUAAAUGUUUGACUGUUAGCACGUCAAGCGUUGUCGGACACGUUCACAUGCGUCCUGAAGACGUGAAACAAAGUCCGAGAUUGUCUAUUGUCGAGGCGAUGCCGCGCCGAUGAGCUCAAAGCGAGAAGAGCAAGAAGCCGCCGAAGAUGCUGAAGUUUCGCGUGUCGUCGUAGAGGCGGUAGCUGGCGGGCAGACUCAGGCGGACGCGAUCGCCCGUCUCCAGCUGCAGCAGCACGCCGUUGGUGACCGACGCGUAGCCGCCGUGGUCGUUGAGGUCCAGGCUGAAGAUGACGGGCUGCUGGUUGCGGUACAAGGUCACGCCCAUGUAACCUUUCAGGAAGUCGGCCGUCGUGAAGCUGAACGCGUAAACGCCGCCGACGGGUGCCGUGAACACACCUGCGUAGAAUCAAGAUGUUGAUGUCAUCACACACACACACACACACUUGGUGAUGUCAUCAAAGUUCACCUGAGGUCACGUCGUAAGCUUGGCCGACAUUGGUGAAGAUCUUGGAGAAGAUCAGCGUCGUUUCCUGGUCGAAGGGUCCAACUGAUCCCGAAUCGGUGAGCGCGGCGGCAAAGGCCACUUUGGUCUCGCCUGGUGAUGACAUCAUCACAACAUGCCAACGACACGCUACUUCAGCUCAUAACUUUGUUACCUGACCGCUGGCUGUGUUGCUCCAAAACGCGCAACUGCGACAUCAGCUCUGUAGCAGGAAACCCACCAUCAUCAUCAUCAGCGUCAUCAUCAUGUCAGGAAGGCGAACAUCAAACACACACGGCGUCCGUUUACCUUCACUUGUCGACCUCAGUUCGUUUAUCUUCGUGUCAGUGAUGUUCAACUUGUCCUGGAACACUAACACACACACAGUGAUGGAGGAGGGAGGGGCUUGUAAAGGCGGGGGCGUGGUCUCACCUGUCUCCAUGUGGUCUUCACGUUCCAGUCUGGACUUCAUCUCUGACAAAUGAGGAUGACAGUGAGGAGGAUGAUGAUGAUGAGGAUGUAGGCGUGUCAUGUUUACCUGUGUUCUUCAUCCGCAGCUCCACCACUUGACCUUCUAUGACCUUGACUGUCUGCAUGACCGUCGCCAGCUGACCGUCACUCGCUGAUGUCAGAGUGGACGCCUGUCACAACGUACUUGUACGCACACACACACACACACACACACACUCACCUGUGUGUUCUGUCUGGAGUUCCUCCAGACGUUUCUCACUCAGGUUCAGUCGGUUCUUCAGAACUACACACUAAAUAUUAUUAGAAUUCUUCCACACCAAACUCAUCAAAAUACUUGGUUCUCAGAAGGAAAUGUGUCUCACUACUUUUGUACGUGAUACGAUACAUGAGCGUGAAACGAGAACACGUCAUGGUCGGGACAUGAGAGCACCUGUCGUGUUGUUGAGGUUGCCGAUCAGUUGGGACGCCAUGUUGGAAAGUUGCUUCUCCUGAGCUGAAAAAAGGAAAAAGAAUUCCAUCAGCUUCCUGAUUCCAUCAUUAAAUAAAACUAAAAUAAAGUAAAAGUAAAACGGCUCUUUUGAUCGUAAAGGUUGCCGACCCCUGCCCCAACCAAUCAUCUCAUAACCCAUCACAACAUAACACAAACCCGUUAGCUCAUGACCCCAUGACCCUAACCCAUCAUGACAAAACGUGUGUAGACCAAAUGUCGU